AUGAAUAUAGUGGGUUGUCUAUGGGUUUUUAAAAUCAAGCGCAAUGCUGAUGGAUCUAUUGAACGGCAUAAAGCACGUCUGGUGGCCAAAGGAUAUAAUCAACAGGAAGGUUUAUAUUAUGAUGAGACAUUUAGCCCCGUUGUGAAACCUUCCACGAUUCGCACUAUUCUUGCCAUGGCUGUCUCGCGUAGAUGGACUAUACAACAACUUGAUGUUCGUAAUGCAUUUCUCAAUGGGAUUCUCCAAGAAGAAGUUUACAUGAAACAACCCCCAGGUUUCACUGAUCCUCUUCGCCCUCACUUUGUUUGUAAACUUCACCGGGCUCUUUAUGGGCUUAAACAAGCCCCUCGCGCAUGGUUUCAUCGCCUGCACUCCUUCUUGCUCGAUAAUGGCUUCUUUAAUAGCCAAUCAGAUGCUUCUCUCUUCAUUCGACACUCAUCAACUUAUUCCCUUUUUGUAUUGGUAUAUGUUGAUGAUUUGAUUGUGACUGGCAGCGAUAAGACUGCUGUAAAUGACUUCAUUGAAGUCUUAUGUUCAGUUUUUGAUAGCCGCCGGUUGGGUGAACUUGGUUUCUUUCUUGGCAUGGAAAUCAAUCGCACCAAUAACAUACUCUAUCUCUCACAAUCUCGAUAUGCCACUGACCUCCUAUCGAAAUUUAAUAUGGUGUCUUGCAAACCUUGCUCUACACCGCUUCCCUCCAACUCGAAGUUAUCGCAACAUGAUGGUGACCUUUUGGAUGAUCCCACUAUUUAUCGUAGUAUGGUCGGUGGUCUGCAAUAUCUUACUCUUUCUCGACCAGAUAUUGCCUUUGCGGUCAAUCAAGUAUGUCAGUUUAUGCAACAUCCUAAGACCUCCCACCUUCAAGUUGUCAAACGGAUCUAUCGCUAUAUUAAAGGAACCAUUGAACAUGGCCUCUCCUUUCAUUAUUCUUCUGAUAAUACCCUUCGAGCUUUUUCCAACGCUGAUUGGCCGGGUCUCGAUGAUCGACGCUCUACCACAGGUGCAUGUAUUUUUCUUGGUCCGAAUCUACUCACAUGGACCGCAAAGAAACAAUCCACUGUCUCUCGAUCAAGUACCGAAGCGGAGUAUCGAGCUCUAGCCACCACCACUGCUGAACUACGCUGGCUUGGUUAUCUCUUCCGCGAACUUGGCCUCCCACUCGGUCCCCGCCUUGUGUUUUUUGUGAUAACAUUUCCGCUCUUCACGUGGCUGCUAAUCCCAUCUUCCAUGCUCGCACCCGUCAUAUUGAAAUUGAUUAUCACUUUACACGGGAAUUACUUGCUCGCGGGGCUUUACGCAUUCAGUAUGUGCCUUCUGAAUUGCAACUAG